AUGAAGUUUGAAGACUUAUUGGCAACCGACAAACAGGUACAGUUUGCCCAUGCAGCCACUCAGUACUACAAAAGUAUAAAGACCCCAGACUUCUUGGAAAAAGACCCACAUCACAAAAAAUUUCACAAUACAGAUAGCUUGAAUCAACAAGGCUCUUCGACGCCAUCUACGGCUACCGAUGCAAACUACACCUCAAACGCUUCCGGCCACACCAAUAAUUCGACAUUUAAAAGACACAUUGUUGCUGUAGAUGAUAUAUCGAAAAUGAACUAUGAAAUGAUAAAGAAUUCUCCAGGGAAUGUAAUAACAAAUUCCAACCAAGACGAGGUUGAUAUAAGUACCCUCAAGACGAGAUUAUACAAGGACAACCUUUAUACUAUGAAUGACAAUUUCUUACAAGCUGUUAAUGACCAAAUUGUAACACUAAAUGCAGCGGAACAAGAACAAGAAACAGAAGACCUCGAUCUAUCAGAUGAUGAAAAAAUUGAUAUACUGACCAAAGUCCAAGAGAAAUUACUUGAAGAGUACGAAGAACUUUCACGAAAAGAAAGAAACUGGUUUAUUCUGAAGGAACUAUUAUUGGAUGCUAACGUGGAACUGGAUUUGUUCAGCAAUCGUGGCAGGAAAACUAAUCACCCAAUAGCAUUUGGAGCAGUGGCUAUACCAACUAACGUAAAUGCAAAUUCGUUAGCAUUCAAUAGGACGAAGAGAAGAAAAAUUAAUAAAAAUGGUCCGUUAGAAAACAUUCUUUAG